AAUUAUUUACAAAUGAAAAGUAUUGUUGAGUUUAUUGAAACGGAUUGAUUUCUUUUAUUGCUUGUUUCCUUACCAGUUUCUAGAGAAGUUAAAAUACCUAGAUCUCAGUCACUCCUUAUAUUUGGAUAAAACUCCUGACUUUUCUAGUCUCCCACAUCUCGAGGAUUUAGUUCUUAGAGGAUGCACAAAUCUAAUUGAGGUCCACCAAUCGAUUGGAGUUCAUAAGAGGCUUGUUAGAUUGGAUCUUAGUAGCUGUAAAAAUCUAAGGAGUCUUCCAAGAAGCAUCAAGUUGGAAAAUCUGAAAUAUUUUGAUCUAUCAGAAUGCUUAAAACUUGAUAAGUUUCCAGAGAUUCAGGGGCCUAUGGAUCGUUUGGAGAUUCUUUAUUUGAACAAAACUGCAAUAAAAGAUUUGCCUUCAUCAAUUGAGGAUCUUAAAGGCCUUUCAUCUUUCACUUUAUGGAAUUGCCGAAAGCUUAGAAGUGUUCCAAGCAAUAUUUUUUCUAGAAUGAAGGAUUUAAGAAUCCUCGACAUGGGAGGAAUCGCUAUAGAACAGCUACCACCGUCCAUUGUACAGUUGUGCAACCUUAGUAAGCUUUAUCUAAAUGAUAUACAAAAAUCAUCUCUUAGGACACCAAAGCCAUUGAUGCCAUCAUGUGUGCGAAAGAGAACUCUUGCUCCAACUUAUUUGCAACUGGAACUGCUCUCCUGUUUGAACACUUUAAGUCACUUGGAUCUCAGGAACUGCAAUUUCUCAGAAGAAUCCUUUCCCAAGGAUAUUGGCUGCCUAUCUUGUUUAGAAAGAUUAGAUCUAAGGGAAAAUAAAAUCUCUAGCAUACCAGCAAGCCUUAUUCAACUCAAAAAUCUGAAACGCCUUGAUUUGGUACGUUGCACUAGCCUCCGAACGUUGACUUCACUUCCGCCAUCUAUUUGUUAUGUGAAUGCACAUGACUGCAAAUCAUUGGAACGGUAUUGGAUUAAUCCACCAAGUGCAAGUAGCCCAAACAAUCGCGAAUUCAAAUUCACUGAGUGCCACAAAUUGGUUAUGUUUCAGAUGGAUAACAUGCCAAACAUGUUAUCACAAAGUCAGCUUCAGGGAUUAUAUCAUAUCAUUCUACCCGGAAGUGAGAUUCCGCAAUGGUUUAGGUAUAAGAGUGAAGGUGAGGGGUCUACAUCAGUACUGUCUCUGUCUGUGGUGGUAGAUCAUCAUCAUCCAUCUUGUUACAAUAACGUCAAAGGAAUUGCCAUCUGUUUUGCUUUGGAAUUUUUUGGACUUUACUCAUUGAUUCAAUUUGAUCUCAAAAUAAACGGUUAUGGCGUGAGCAGAUGGUUGGAGAACCCAGAGAGUUAUUGCGAUGGGAGGUGGAAUGGCAAUCACCUUUUUUUGAUGAACGUAACCGAGUAUUACGAUGGGUUUUCUAACGACUAUCAACCAUUUCAAAAUUUGGUGAAGUGGAUUUGUGAUGAUGCCUUUCACAUUGAGAUUUCAGCUAAAUUAGUGGACGGUGAAUCGCAAGAAAUGAAGGUCAAGAAAAUGGGUAUCCAUCUAGUUAUGGAGGAGCAAGAUGAAGGCUAAUGGCAUCAUCUUUUAUAGACUGCCAUAUAUACAGCAGAGAUCGAGAAGACAAUUCUAUGCUUGUGGAGCAUGCAUCAAGAGACAAAGGAUAGCUCACAUACUUGGUUGUCAAUUUUGUGGUUUUUUUCUCGCAGU